AUGCAGGCAGAUCAGACGGUCCUGAGCUUGAGGCCUCGUGGUGGCGGCGGCAACCGAGGCAGACUCCUUGCUCCCCGCUUCGAUUCCGCCCUCGGCUCCUCGUCGCUGGUCUCUUCGGCUUCGUCCGAUUCUCGGCCUCAUGGCGGCGUUUCGUUCAAGGUGAGCUGGGGUUCUGGGGGUGUGCUGAUCUAGGCCUCAUUUGGAUCCUUGCUUUUGUUGUUCUCUGUUUUCCCUGUCCGUAUAUUUUAUUGCUCUAAUCCUUUUUGAUGGAUCGGAAAGUCCUUUCCGGAUCGUGUAGGUAAAUUAUGUGGUUGGAUGGACGGGUUAUUUUGUUAUUCACUCUGGACGUGGGAUUUUAUCGCCCGUUUUAUUGUUUUCAGGUUCUAUCCUUUAUAGUUCGGAAGAAAUGUGUCUUUCCCUCGCCGUGUGUUUUCUCAACUUUUCACAUCGUAGAUAAAUAUUCUUAUCUCGUUUGCUGUUUGUAGGUUGACGAAAUAUUGGCUCGAGACGGAAGUUCCGAGCUGUAUUUCAGUUGAGCUUUGUUUUACAUUUUUCGGCCACACAUUUGUUGUGUUGGUCACAUAUUCGAGUGGAAAGAAAAUAACCUCUUCAAAGUUUAGUUCUUUAUGUAUUUUCUUAUUCAUACUUGGUGUUGGAUGGACAAUUUCCCUCUCUACAAACUUAACUUUUCAUGUCUAUUUUGUGAUAAUGGGAAGUUUAGGGAUGCCUGCAGUUUUAUGUUCCAACUCUGGGAGUUAUUUUGGAGUAACUGGACGUUAUUUUCUUCUCUUUACAUUUGUAAAUUUAGUUUAUGAUAGAAGUCAAAUCUUAGGCGACUACGUUUUCCAUCUCAAACAAGAAUCUUCUAUAUGUAGUGCUAUUAUAUUUGGCUGCUAAUGUUUCAUUUAGCUUACAUUUCAAUUUAGAAUUUCCAAUGAAUACUUCCUGUAAUGCACGAAUUAUCACCUGCUGUUCCUACAAUACCCUUAGCAAUACAUUUGGUGCUUUUGUGUUAAUUUUCAUGACUUAAUAUGGCCGAACGCAGACUGUUUACAGUGGAAAGUAAUCAUUAUACAAUUAAUAUUGACUUCUGUGUUUUUUGACAUAUUACCUGUUUUCAGACGGGAGAUUUGCGGUUUGAAGGGCAUGAGCGCGUUCGUUAUACCCGUGACCAGCUUUUACAACUCCGUGAGGUACUUGAUUUGUUUUUUUUAUUGUAAUACAUUAAGUUGCCUGAUUCUCGGUGAGUUAUAUUUGUAUUUUUUUCUCUUUUAUACUAUCGAGGUGACUUGACAAGUUAUUCAAUACUCUCGGUCAUGUGUAUACCACCAGAAAAGUUAAAAUAGAUGCCAUUCAGUUAGUUUAGCACGUAAAAAACUACCAUAUCAGUUUGUGGGGUACUCUAUUGACCUAUUCUGCGCAUGCAGCAUUACUUUAGUUUUUGGAUUUUUACGGAUUGCUUUCUGGCACAGAUCUUCUUAUUCUAUGCAUACCUUCUUUCUCAUUGUGCUCCCACUCUCCAGGCUGUUGAUGUCCCUGAAGAUAUCAUGAAAGUAAAAGCAGAAGUUGAUGUUGAAUUUUUUGGUGAAGAGCAGACAUGGGGCCGUAGUGAUGUGCAAGUGAGUUCCAUUGUCAUUUUUCUGUAACCUGCAUAUCGUUCCUAGAUGAUAAUGAAGUUGUUGCAGGCUUAUGUUUUUAUCUUUUUUGUUAUUCGUCGAUUGAUGUUUCACUCAUAUUUCCUUUUUUAUAAAUUUCGUUAUUAAUUUUUUUUAUCUUGAUAUACUCAUCUAUUGGAACGAUUAUGUUUGUCAAUUUCAUCACUUUUUUUUUUACACUUGAUUAUUCUCUCCUGUGCUAAAGCUUCGCACGUUGGUUUUUGUUGUUCCAUACGAGUGAUCAUGUGAAACGAGUUUCUUAUGUUAAAAUAUGAUUAUGGAAGUGUUAUCUCGUUACUUUAUUGUUCAUGUACAAGUUGUGCAAUGUAUUGCUAACAUUCUCUCUCUCUCUCUCUCUCUCUCUCUCUCUCUCUCUCUCUCUCUCUCUCUCUCUCUCUCAGGUGCAAGUACAACCUCAAGUUCGCUACACUGAGCCUGACAACCGUGAUUGGCGGGGCCGAUCUGGGCAAUUGGCAUCCACAGGAGACGAGAAAUCAUGGGAAACAAUCCGCGAUACCAAAGAAUCCAGUUGGAGGCAGCAAGAACCCAGUCAAAUUAGUAGCCAGGACCAAUUUUCUUUUAAAGCACAGGUCCGCGUGCAGGAAAUUUUUGUAUUAACAUCUUACCCACAGUGUUUUCUCGUAUUAUUAUUUUCACGUCAACUUGCACGUAUACUCAUUUCGACUCAUUUUUUCUCGUGUGCUUACCAUUUGCAUGUGUUAGAAGUGGGUAGGGGUACGAAGAAUGUAAUAUCUGUAUUAAUAACACUCCCCUGUUUCUCCAUGAUAGUUGAGUUUUAAAAGUGAUUUUUUGUAAUUAUUUAUUUAAAUACUUCCAUUGUGGUAAAAGGCAAUCGUAGUUAAGUCUUUCUAUGAUUGCAUCCUUAAUUUUAACAUUUUCCAAUUGUUCUCUACGACUGUCUGGCACCUUGAACUAGAAAAAGGCAUAAUUUCUUAAGGUCUUUAUUGUCUUGAUUAGGGAGUUCUUCUGACUGUAAACCAUCUGUAGUUCAGGUUGAUGCUACAUUAUACGGAGCGGAUAAUAUUAGCAGAAGUUUUUUGCGGGGAUUAAUUGAUUAAUUUUAAUUUGAUUUGAUAUUAGAUUUUUUCUGUGAUGAUUUUUCAAUACUUUUCGGUUAAGUUGUCAAAAAUGUUUUUCAUUUUGGUCUUUUAUUGAGAAAGCUAGCGAAGUUAAAACUGUUCUGUCAUCUUUGUAAUUGCGUUUGUUGGUAAGAAAAGGUAAUUUCUUUCCGAAAUAGGCAAAUGUUGAAAGAAAGUCGAGAUAAUUUUGUUAUACUAUUCUGAUAGCGUAGCGGUGUAUCACUGAGCUAUACCUGGAGGGUAAUUGUUUACUUGCUGUUGAUAUACUCGAGUUGUGCCUGUUUAGAGGUAAUUUAGGGUUCUGUGUUCUCGAUUGUUCUCCGUUUUGCUUUGGUUGUAGUUUGUCUUGCAAGUGAUAUGCCGAAGGAAGUUGAUGUUACUCGAUUGUUUACUUGCAAGUGAUAUGUUCUCGAAGUUGUAGUUUGCCUUGCAAGUAAUUUAGGGUUUUGUCUUGCUAGAGCUAGACGGUUGUUCAAUUUUGAACCGUUAUUUAUUUUCACUUUUGAAUGUUAGGAUGACAAUAUUUUUUGAUUUUGCCUUGGACGCAUAUUCUAUAAAAAAAAUAACUUUCUGUUGAUUAAUGGGGCAAGCACAGGUGGGGAGUGAUAAGGAGUAGUAGAUGAAAAAAAUUAGGAAAUGUUUGAAGAUGCGACUAAAUUUAUGCCCACAGAAAAGCUCAACCUAUGGACCAUCAAUCUGAGUUGGUUAAAGUCAAAUGUGUUUUUAGCAUAUUUGGUCGCAUCAUCCCUACUUGUUUUCGGCUCUAUUUUAGUUUGUCGUAUAUGGCUGAUAGUGAUAAAAAAUUUCACGUCCCAAAUAUCCAGUCAGCAGCACGAUAGCUUAUUGGUGAAUUGCAGUGGAGUAAAAUGCUAUACAUCUAAUGCAUCGUCAUUUGGAAUUAUCAUAGUAAUUUGUGGACAUGCCAGCCUCAUCUUGCCGUGAACAAGUUUACUAUUCAUUAAUGGUUGAUGUGGUGCUUACUGACAAGAAAAUGAAAGAGCUCCUUACGAUAUAGAUACUGGUGAUACUAUUUAAACUGGUUGUAUUGAAUUGAAAGCUAGAUCAGGUAUGCUAUCCUUGGUUGACUUCUUUCUUGAACUGUUCAGAUAUCAAGCCUGGUUGACUCCUUACGAUGUAGAUACUGGUAAUAAUAUCAAGACGGAAUCGUCUUGCAUGCUACUGUUUAUGCGGUAUGGAUCAUGAUAUGAUGGGAAUACUCAACUUAUGGUAGUUUACAUGAGUCUAGAUAAUACUGAAGUUUUGAGAGUCGUAUAAGAAUGUUGGAGGGUAUGUUUUACAUCAAUUUGUAAUGUGCCAUCCAUACAACAUUGCCCCGAUUCUUUUUGUAAGGAGAGACGUUUAGAUGUGGGCAACACUGCACUCUCCUCGCUAUACAAGCAAGUCAGCUUCCCAUGCCAUAAAAGCCCUUGAAGAUGUGGAAUAUCUUUCCCCAUCUACCCUGCUCGUUCUGGUUUAGUAGCAAGCUAGUGGGUUCAAAUGUCCUUCCACAAGAAUUAAAACGCUUAUAUAAGUGAAGUGACAAUCCAUCGCAAUGUUUCUUUACUCUAUGAUAUUUAAGAAGUCCCCCUUCUCAAAGCAUUGUGUUCUGUUGACUGGGGUUUUGUUCCAGUACCGGAGUAAAACGUGUUCAAACUCUUGAUACCAUGCCUUGUAAUGUCUAAAUUGAGGAGAAGAAUAGUAUAUCUGAUAACUGGCCCGCUGUUUUUCAUCCAUUGAGAGCAUGCAGUUCAUCUAUGCUUACUUACACUAGGAGAGAUUUAAAUUUUCUCAUCCAAAAUAAUGCGUGCACUAUUUUAUUAUAUUUUAUUAUAUUUCUCUCUGAAUUUCUGCUUUGGCGUGAGCGCUCGAGUUCAGACAAAUUUCUUCACUGCAUGACGGAUUUUUUUUCUCUUGGUAUUUGCUCUCACCUUCAAUCCUUGCUGGAAUCAGGCCGGGGCAUCUGCUGCCCUCACCAAAGCUGAAGUCCCAUGGUCCGCACGGAGGGCCAAUCUAUCUGAUAAAGAUAGGGUCUUGAAGGCUGUGAAAGGGUAAUAUUCUCCUGCACUGCUCCCACUCAAUAAAAUUCCUGUUUUUUUUUUUUUUAAUGGGUGAUAAGAAUGUCUUCAACAUUCUUCUGUCUCUUCCGCCCCAUGCAUCUUCAUUGCUUGGGAUAAUCUCUUCGACUUGGUGAUGAUUCUGAAUGCUACUCUGCGCAGUAUAUUGAAUAAGCUCACCCCGGAGAAGUUUGACGUGCUCAAGGGCCAGCUCAUCGAGUCGGGGAUCACCACUCCAGAAAUCCUGGAGGUGAUAUGAUUUGCCGGAUCCUCUGCUGGGAGAUGCUGAAACUGUACUAAUUAUGAGUUCUCAUGCAGGAUGUCAUCAAGCUCGUGUUCGAUAAGGCAGUGCUGGAGCCCACCUUCUGCCCCAUGUACGCCCAGCUGUGCUCCGACCUGAACGAGAAUCUUCCGCCCUUUCCGCCGGGGGAGCCCGGCGGCAAAGCCCUCACUUUCAAGCGGAUUCUCCUGAACAACUGCCAGGAGGCCUUCGAAGGCGCCGGCAAUCUCCGGGCAGAGAUCAGAAAGCUGACAGCUCCGGAGCAGGAGUCAGAGCGGAAGGACAAGGAGAGGAUGCUGAAGCUCCGCACCUUGGGGAACAUCCGCCUCAUUGGGGAGCUCCUGAAGCAGAAUAUGGUGCAGGCGAAGAUCGUUCAUCAUAUCGUUCAGGUUCCUCAUCCUCCUCUUCCUCCCCCUCCUCGUUGCCUGGUGCAUGCUCGGCUGAUGUUUGGGAGGCGUCCUCGCGCAGGAGCUGCUGGGGGCGGCGGACAGCAAGGUGUGCCCGGAAGAGGAGAAUGUGGAGGCCAUCUGCCAGUUCUUCAACACCAUCGGGAAGCAGCUGGAUGACAACCCCAAAUCGUGCCGGAUCAACGACAGCUACUUCGCCCGCCUGAAGGAAUUGGCUGCGAACCCCCAGCUGGCGCCGCGGUUGAGGUUCAUGGUCCACGAUGUCCUCGAUCUUCGCUCCAACAAGUGGGUCCCCCGGAGGGAGGAGGUGAGAGCUUCUUCAUUCACCCGCUUCUGCCAUGUUCUUCUCGCCCAGUUUUCUUUUUUUUUCUUCUUUUUUUCUGGGAUCUUGAAACCGAUAAUUCUAUAGAAUCUGGAAGAUCCCGUGAUGGGUAUUAAAAAAAAAAGUGAAAAAAAGCAUGGCUUUUCGCACUGCGUUCAUCAGUUCAUAUGUAUAUAGAUUACGCUGUUCUUUGAUUCGCCGGUGAUCUUUUGCAGGUCAAGGCCAAGACCAUAUCUGAGAUCCACUCCGAGGCGGAGAAGACUCUGGGCCUCCGCCCUGGAUCCAUGGCCACCUUGAAGAACGGGCGCGGCGGGGCCGCCGCCCCCCCCGCCGGCGGCUUCCCCGUCGGCCGGCCCGGCGCCGGCGGCAUGAUGCCCGGCAUGCCUGGCCUGAGAAAGAUGCCCGGCAUGCCCUCCCCCGACGGCGACAACUGGGAGGUCCCUCGCUCCCGUUCCAUGCCCCGCGGUGCCGCCGCCGCCGACGGCCAGCUUCGCCACCACUCCCCCCUCUUCGCCAAGCCCUCCGCCACCAUCAACACCCGCCUCCUCCCUCAGGGCAGCGGCGGCCUCAUCUCCGGUAAGACCAGCGCCUUCCUUCAGGGUUCCACCCCCCCACCGCUCAAACCAGCGGUGGCGCCACCAGCCCCCGCGGCAGCGCCGCCUCCCUCACCGCUCGCUGCCGAGAAGCCCUCACCGGCGCCGGCGAAGCCCAGCGUCGCCGCCAACCUGCAGAAGAAGACCAAGUCCCUCUUGGAAGAGUACUUCAGCGUGGGGCUCCUGGACGAGGCCUUGCAGUGCGUGGAGGAGCUCGCAAGCCCCGAGUUCCAUCCGGAGCUCGUGAAGGAGGCGAUCUACCUCGCUCUAGACAGGACACCGCCCGCCGUGGAAGCGGUGGCGAAGCUCCUCGCCCACCUCGCCGGAAAGAAGGUACUUGCCGCCGGGGACAUCGCCGGCGGGUUCGUGAUCUUCGCGGCGGCGCUGGACGACGUCAGCAUCGACCUCCCGCGGGCGCCCGGCAGCUUCGGGGAGAUCGUCGGCAGGUUGGUGGUCGCCGGCGGCGCCACCUUCAAGGCCCUGGAGGAGGCGCUGAAGAAGAUCGAGGACCCGGAUUUCCGGGCGGCGGUGCUCGGCGCCGCCAAGCGGGCGGCGGCGGAGAGCGCCGGAGGGGAGGCGGUGCUGGCGGCGCAGGCGGGGGAGAUCGCCGCCUGCGAGGCCCUGCUCCUCUCUUGA